GGGAGACCAGAUAUAGUGAAUGCAGGGUCCGGAGAGACCAGAUGUAGAGAAUGCAGGGUCCGGGGAGACCAGAUAUAGUGAAUGCAAGAGUCCGGGGAGACCGGAUAUAAUGAAUGCAGGGUCCUGGGAGACCAGAUAUAGUGAAUGCAGGGUCCGGGAGACCAGAUAUAAUGAAUGCAGGGUCCUGGGAGACCAGAUAUAGUGAAUGCAGGGUCCUGAAAGACCGGAUAUAAUGAAUGCAGGGUCCUGGGAGACCAGAUAUAGUGAAUGCAGGGU